GAAGAUACAGUCGUCUUUCCCACCUACAGCAACUUAAUUCGGAAGUUUGAAAUCUGGGAGAAAUUUCACACAUUAGUGGCUAGUCGAGAGAGUUUCGAAGAACAAGCAUCGAUUUUGGCCAGUCAUCUCGAGAGUCUUAUUACAGGACUUGGAGUCGUUUCUAUCUGAUACUUGUUGGCGCAUCCGAGGGUAGAGAAGAGCACACGCUACCAAGAUGAAGACGUGUUGUUGCUGCUGUAGCUUACGUACGGGGAGUGUAUUCAGCGGUGUAUGGGGAUUGUUAUUUGCAUCGCUAGCCUUAGCCGCCUACAUCUUCUUUGUGAUAACGCUUGAAAUUGCCCAAGGGUCCCUCGGAACAGGUCAACCAGACACAGCCAGCGUUCUAAAUACAAUCUAUGCGUUCCAAAAUAGAUACACUGUAUACGUGGGGCUAGCAGUAUCUUUCCUAUGGUUUAUCUCCUGCAUUGUUCUGUUCGCUGGAAUUUGUGUCAAAAAUCGCUGGUGUCUCGUCCCGUGGCUUGUCUUCACCAUUCUAGCCACGUUGUAUCUGAUUGCUGUUCUCGUCCUCGUCCUCGUAUAUGGGGUCGUGCUGCUCUACACAUUCUGGCUCUUCUGGGUUAUUGUAGGAGUACUUUUCCUCAUAAUAGUGUUUGACAUCUAUGCUCUUAUUUGCGUGGGGUUCUAUUUCCGUGAACUGACGAUGGAGAGAGAGAUGGAGGAAAAUCGAGCCAUGCGAAUGGUACAAUACAACGGAAAUCACGACCAAGGUGGGAAACCUGCGUACGCAUACGCCGCGGGGGGUUAUCCGCAGUACCCCCAGCAGCGUCAAAAUGACUAUAUAAGCCAAAAGCAAGGACAUGCAGUUUUCAGUCCGUACGGUACGGAGUUCGACGAUCACGGGUCUUACAAGAAGCCACCUACCGGCGGAUACGUAAACCAAGGCUACCAGUAUCGCCCCAGCUACCAUGGAGGGGGUUAUGAGUAUGAUUAUAAUAAACGGUACUGAUUCCAGAUAAAAACAGAAAUGUUAUUGUAAUGCAUUGUGCUCUUAAAGUCAGGAUUAGAUUUUUUUAUUUUUUGUACUUUUGUAUUUCUCAAUGAUUAAUUUUUUUUCUGGUCGGAAUUAUAAGUCUAGGCAAAAACAAUAAACUCAUACCGUAUAACGUUAGAGGCCGGUGUGGAGAUUUUUUUCAUUGAGGACAAUCAAGACCAAUAUGUACAUUCCGUGUGCACACUGGAAUAUUUAAGUCAAGAAUUUGACCUUAUCAGUUUUAGGAAUAUCUUGGCUGAUUAGGCGAAGAGUUAUAGCCAAUCCUUGUAGUAUGCUAUGCGUCAGUGAUUGUAAUUCUAUAUCAAAGUAUAUACGGUGUACUACAAAUGAAUAUAAUCAGCGAUUUUAUUGCGCAAUUUUGCAGUUGCAUUUGAAACAUCAUUGCUCAAAAGGCGAGAUGUAGUUCUAGAUGGCAAGAGAAUGUCAAAUGUACAGUUAGAGCUAUUUCUUGUUACUAUCGUAGUAGACUAAUGUAUGACGGUUUUCAUCCGGGAACAUGUUGACGUCAUUGGAGUUGCUGUCCAUUUUUUUUUCGGUGUAUAUCAAUCCUAGGACCAACGUAUAUGCGAAGACCUGCGAAGUUGAGUUCAAAGGUUAGAAAUGACGAUAUAUAAUGUAUUUAAGAGGUGGUACUUAUGGAAAUGCAUGUUGGCCCUUUUAAGUUCACUCCAAAUUAAAAUAUUUGGUAUGACAUUGCAUGCCCCGCACUUGGAUUUGAUCCCAAACUAAAAAAAAAGUCAAUAGUGUAUAGAAUUAAAGGUACUGACUUUAUGUAUUGGAGAAAUCCCUUUUAAGAUGAUUCAAGGUGCAUGCUAUAAUUAUACAUAUAUCACGCCCAGACGGAGUCGACUGAUCAUGGAAUUAGACGGGUUUCAUUUAUAUGUAUGUCUUUAUUUGAUUUUAACUGUAUUUAAGUUUAGUAGUUCUUCAAAAUAAAUUCUCGCUUUAGUGAAACGCAUUAUUCCCACAAGAAUAUUGUUGGGCUGACAUACUGUAUUUAUUAGAACCUACUCUGUAGCAGAUGCCAGAGAAAAACUUGAUAUGUAAAUAUCUAGUGAAAAAUAUUUCUGUAACCCUGGUAGAGGGUACGUCUAAUAAAAGCACUAGUCGGUCAGUUAAAAAUUCUGGCAUACAGGCCUACAUACGGCCUGUGAAAACGGGUCACUCGAUACCUCCAUAAAAGUUUAACUGAUGUGGUGUUUAUAUAAUAUGGUUCAUUAAGCUUUUUCUCACAAUUUAUAUUUGAAAUUUUUGAAAGUUUGAGAAAAAAAAA